AUGAGAGGUCUACAGAUUUCGUUGAACAAAACGCAGAAAAUUAGGUUGGAAAGAGCACUGGAACUGUUGGAGUCGUUCUCCUCAAAAACCAACUCCAAUGCCUCCGUCACCGUCGCCGACGUCAUUCCCGUCGACCAUGAAGACGGUGUCCUCAAGGGACAUGGGACGGCAGAGAUGGAUGGCCGUGUUGUGGCAACUCUAUGUGGAGUUGUUGAACGGGUUAACAAGCUUGUUUACGUGAGAUCUUUGAGAGCCAGGUACAAGCCAGAAGUAGGUGAUAUCAUUGUGGGUCGAGUGAUUGAGGUUAUUGGGCAUUUUCCAUUAGAAUCCAUUCUCACAUGUCUGCUUUAUUGGGUUAUAGGUGCUAUAGUAAAUGCAAAGGUUGAUCCAAAGCAAUGGAGAUUGGAGAUAAACUUUAGCCAAGAUGCUGUAUUGAUGCUUUCAUCUAUGAAUUUGCCAGAUGGCAUUCAGAGGCGACGAACUGCAGUUGAUGAACUAAACAUGUGA